AUGGGCACUGCAGAUAUCGAAGCAAGCCCUACAGUAGCGGAGCGCUCCUCGGUGGAUAUCGCCAAAACCCAGGUCGGAGUCGGCAGACAAGAGCUUCACUCGGCUCUCCCUCCCCAUGAUACCUACGAGGGUGGUCACCGAUGGGACCCGUCAGCCACAUGGACUCCGGAAGAAGAGAAGAGGGCUGUGCGAAAGACGGAUCUGCGUCUUCUCACUUGGCUGUGUCUGAUGUUCUUUGGUCUUCAACUUGAUCGUGGAAACCUUGGCAAUGCUCUUGCAGAUGACCUCUUGACCGACCUCGGUUUGACUACAGAUGACUACAACAAUGGCACAACCAUUCAGCUGCUAUGCUUCCUCUCUGCCGAGUUCCCUGUGCAGUUCCUCACCAAGAGAUUUGGCUUCAAGCGUGUCCUGCCAACACUGAUGGUAUGCUGGGGGUUGGUCUCAACUUUUCAAGCCUUCAUGACAGGCAGAACCGGCUUUUACAUCUCUCGAGCAUUCAUCGGUCUCUUUGAGGGCGGUUUCAUCCCCGGUGUCAUCCUCAUGGCGACGUAUUUCUAUACUUCAAAGGAGUUGUCCAUUCGACUUGCUGCAUUCUGGAGCACCCUCAACAUUGCAAGAGUCAUCUCUGCCCUGCUGGCUGCCGGCUUCCUCGAAAUGCGAGGCGUCGGCGGUCGCCCCGGCUGGUUUUGGCUUCUCCUCCUCGAGGGUCUCCUCACCGUCGUCAUCGGCCUCGCUUCAAUGGCCUACCUCCCCACCAGCCCUACAGGCACAAAGACUCUCAUCUGGCGCAACUCUUGGUACACGGAGCGCGAAGAGGUCAUCAUGAUCAACCGCAUCCUCCGCGAUGACCCUGCAAAGGGCCUCACGGCGCUGACUGAGCCUGCCACCUUCGCAGAUAUCAAGGCGGCGUGGACUGACCCUUCGCUCUGGGGGUUGUACUUUAUCGGUCUUGUCGCUUAUAUCCCCGCGACUCCUGUUACGGCUUAUCUGACUUUGACGCUCAAGCGUGUCGGCAACUUCAGCACCUUGGCUAGCAACCUCCUCACUGCGCCGUCGGCGGCCCUCCAGAUCAUCACCAUGCUGGCGUUAGCGUACAGUUCAGAGUACUUCAACGAGCGAUCCUUCCAUUGCCUUUUUGGGGAGAUUUGGUCGCUUCCUCUCUUCACUGCGCUUCUUACGCUCCCAGAUGAGGGCCGCGAAUGGGGACGUUUCACCAUCAUCACCAUGAUCUCGGGCUACCCCUACUUCCACCCUCUCGUCAGCUCCUGGAUCUCUGAAAACUCAUUCGAUGUGAAGAAGAGAGCAGUAGCCGCAGCGACCUACAACGUUAUCGUGCAAAUCGGAAGCGUUAUAGGCAGCCAGAUCUACCGGUCCUGGGACUCACCCUACUACAAGAACGGCAACAAGGUGUGCAUCUCGAUCCUGUCGCUCUCUGUCGUCGUCUUCCUCGUGCAGCGCCAGCACCUCAUCCGCCUGAACAAGAAGAAGGAGGCAGAGUGGGAUCAGAUGACGCCUGAGCAAAAGAUUGAGUACCAGACGGACAAGGAAGCCAGAGAGAUCGAUGGAAACAAGCGGCUCGACUUUCGAUUUGCGUAUUAG